GGGACGUCGGGCGGCAAUCCCAAAGUCUUCUUCGACAUCAGUGCCGACGGCGAGAAUAUUGGACGGAUCGAGAUGGAGCUGAGGGCUGACGUGGUGCCGAAAACAGCCGAGAACUUCCGCGCGCUCUGCACCGGCGAAAAAGGAUUCGGUUUCGAGGGCAGCAUAUUCCAUAGAAUAAUCCCAGAUUUCAUGUGUCAAGGAGGCGACUUCACAAAUUUCAACGGAACUGGAGGCAAAUCGAUCUACGGCACCAAGUUCAAGGACGAGAAUUUCAUCCUCAAACACGAGGGACUAGGAACGCUGUCGAUGGCAAACUCCGGUCCGAACACCAACGGGUCACAGUUUUUCAUUUGCACGUCGGAUACUUCUUGGCUAGAUGGUAAACAUGUCGUUUUCGGGAAAGUCACAAAGGGGUUAGAUGUAGUGCGUACGAUGGAAAGUUAUGGUAGCCACAGCGGAGAUACCACGACCACGGUCAAAAUUGUGGGCUGUGGAGAAAUCUGAGAUGUUUUCAAUCCACAAGUUACCAGUCGGAUCAAGGAGUUGUAUUUCAUCUCUUUGAGCUCAUCUCUCUCCGAGACCAGCUCAAAUGAGAAUCGGAGCACA